ACAGCAAUCAAAAAACAGAUUAUCUCAACUAUUGAGUUCACGCCUAACCACCAUGUCCUCCUCAUUACCAAGGAUAACACUCCUGCCUCCACUGUCCUCAAGAACCAUCGCUUUGUUAUUGAGGAAGCUAUCAGAGCUACCAUUCCUGCCCCCUCUGGCCUCAGAAAAGAUGAAGUCUGGCAUAAGGUCAUCAUCCACGGCAUCCCAACCAUCACCACCUUCCCCACA